AUGAAAGUUUUGCUUAUAAGGCCUGAAGUACAAAACGAUGCACAUCACGCAUCAUACAAACGCUUCAGGAGGCGAAUCAUCCAGAGGAGCAGCAGUGAGGGGCCUGCUGCCAGUACACCUCUGUCCACUGGGCGGCAGUAUGAACCAGAUUUUGAGUUUGACUCUGUCUGUCAGAGACUGGAGCUGGAUUCACCUCAGAGACACCAUGAACCAGCGCAGAGAGGACUACAUCGAGACCAAGGCUCUGAUGAUAACAUAAGAAAUGAUCUGCAGCCGUUUGCCAUUCUGAACAAAGCAUCAGUGAGUGUGCAGGGGAAGUCAGUGAUGAAGUUGGCGGCGCCAUCGCUGCUGAACGACUACUACUCUAAUCUUCUCGACUGCAGUUGUAAUGGUAUGAUUGCAUUAGCCCUGGGCUCUUCUGUUUACCUUUGGAAUUCAGAAACUCGUGCUCUGGUGGGACAUUUUAACCCGAGUCAACAACUAGGACGACCAUGCCAUCAGACUCUAUCGUCUAUCUCGUCUCUGUGCUGGAGCAGAGAUGGCCAAGCUCUCUGUAUUGGCACCAGGCGAGGGGACUUACAGGUAAAUUUGUGGGAUGUUGAACAAAAACAGAAUAUGAGCUGUCUGACAUCACACCUGUCUGUGGUUAGCGCUCUUUCCUGGAAACAGCACUUAGUCAGCAGCGGCUCUGUCCUCGGACGUAUCCAUCACCAUGACCCUCGAGCUCCAGCACCUCUGGUAGGUGCGGCCGUCCAGCAGGAGGGUCUCUGCAGCCUGCAGUGGUCACCAGGAAAUGACUGGCUGGCCAGCGGCUCCACAGAUGGCCUUCUCCGUAUAUGGGAUAGUGACAUCACAGGGUCACAUCAACCACUCACCACAAUGAAGCAGCCCAGCGCAGUUAAGGCGAUGGGAUGGUGUCCAUGGCAGAGAAAGAUGAUCGCUACAGGAGGCGGAUGGAAAGAUAGAGAGCUGAGAAUCUGGGACACACAGUCAGGGACUUGUGUUACUUCUGCUGACACAAACUCUCAGAUCUGUUCUCUACGGUGGGAAGAAAAGAAGUGUCGCCUGGUGACAGGUCACGGCCUCCCCCAACACCACGUCAUCUGCUGGGACUGGGUGUUGUCCUCGCUUAGCCCGAGCUACCAUCUCGCUGGUCAUUCAGAUCGCGUCCUGCACUUGGCCUUAAAUCCUGAUGGAACACAGAUUUUCUCUGCUGGAGCGGACCAAUGCCUUAACAUCUGGCACAUGUAA